AUGGGUUGUGCCCGGGAAGCUGGUGGCAGUGGUCUGCACACAAGGCUGGAUGACACUAACAUUGUGCUCAAGGACCUUGGGGAACUCACAAUGAUGCUGGGGACGAGGAAUGAGGAAGCAUGCCCCAAAUCAGCCCAGACAUGCUUGUUUGUUCUUCUGGAGGCAAAACCUUCAACUGAAGACUUGGCGGAUAAGAAAGAAGGCGAAUACAUCAAACUCAAAGUCAUUGGACAGGAUAGCAGUGAGAUCCACUUCAAGGUGAAAAUGACAACACAUCUCAAGAAACUCAAAAAAUCAUACUGUCAAAGACAGGGAAUUCCAAUGAAUUCACUCAGGUUUCUCUUUGAAGGUCAGAGAAUUGCUGAUAAUCACACUCCAAAAGAAUUGGGAAUGGAAGAAGAAGAUGUGAUUGAAGUUUAUCAGGAACAAACGGGGUCAUUCAACAGUUUAGAUAUUCUUUUAAUUUUUUUUCUUUUCCCUUAAUCCCUUUUUAUUUUUAAAAAUAGUUCUUUUGUAAUGUGUUCAAAAUGGAAUUGAAAACUGGCACCUCUCUUGCAAACAUCUGGCAUUUCAAAUCCUAGUGCUCAGUGUUCAUUAGCGUUUUCUCAUUGUGCUGACAUUUGGUGAUCAAACCUCAGCCCCUCAUAAUGUCCUCCUCUUCUUCACAGUGACCUGUGUGCACAGAGAGUCCCCUUGUCCAGGGCUGUGCAUUUGCAGGCUUGUGGAAUAAAUAAGACCGACCAUUGCAAGUGUUCCCAAUGACUUUCCAAUUGGCCCUGAAGUUCUAGCAUUUGAUUGCUUUGCUC